GUAGGCUGGUUGUAGGUGGAGGAAUUAACUUCGCGGCUAAUGAUUGUGUCUUUGAAUACUAUUAGCUAGCUAGCUAGGCUGCAAAUAUCCAUAGCUAGUAGCUACGAGAGUGUGAAAUGUCCCUAUAAGUACGCUAGCCAUUCACCAUGCCGAAAAUCAAAGUUCCUACAAGCCCACUAAAACGACCCGUUCGGCUACAACGAAAACCACUCGACGUUGUCACAUGUACUGCCGUUAUAAAAGAAACGGAGGCCGUCAAAGAGAAGAAAAAUGGCCUCAAGACGAAAGAAAAGCUUUGUAAUAUCUCCAGUAAGGAGAGUGUUGAAGCAUUCAGAGGGUUCAGCUUAAAGGCUGUGUUGAAGGAAUACUCUGAGUUGGUCUCUACCCUCUGUCUGCCUACUGCUGUACCUCCGGGAAGGAAUAUUCGACCAAGAAGAGAGGGAAAAACAAACGCGCUGAUUCUAAUCGAUGACGACAGUUCAAGUGAUGAAAGUUCCUCGAGCAGCAGUAGCAGCAGUACCUCCGUCAGCUCUAGCCCCCCACCCCCUUCACCACAAGAAGACUAUAUCCCCAAACCUCGUUCAAAGCCCCCCCUAGUAUUGUUAACCAAGACUGGUGAAGUACGCAAGAGAGGAGUGCGAUGUGGAGAGUGCCCUGCCUGCCUCAGACCCGACGAUUGUGCAGCCUGUGAUUUCUGUAGAGAUAAGCCGAAGUUUGGAGGACCUGGUAUAAAGAAACAGGCUUGCAUAUAUCGUAAGUGCCACCACCUGAUACGACACGCCCCCCUCAAGUGCAAGCCUAAGAGAGUGUACAUUCCUGAUGGCUCUCCACCGCCUCCACGCCGUCACAAGACCACAUCCACUGAGACACACCCCCUACACGCUAGCCCCAUACGCCCACGCAGGUUCGCCAGUGGCUCGGAGCGGACAGCAGCGAAAUCAAAGAAUCCAGAACCAGAAACUCCGCAUCUGAAUAUCUUUUGGCCCAUGGAAGCUGAUAUUUCUGGCACUCCAAUAUAUUCAGUCAAGUCUGUUACUUCGCGACCUUCUGUGUGUCUCAAGUGUGGAGGUGCUGGGAAGAUGAUUCGCUGUCUUGUCUGUUGUCAAUCGUUUCAUUCGUUUUGUGCCGAGGUCAAAGGUCAAGACGGGUACACCUGCUUGAACUGCAUCACAUGUCAAGUGUGUGGCCGCGGAAACAAUUGUGUUGCGUGUGUGGUGUGUGGUGGGCGAUAUCACGAGCGCUGUGUGAGUAGUGACCACAGGAGCGCUCACAACACUGGUGGUUGGCGUUGUGUCUCAUGUACGAAAUGUGUUUCUUGCAAAACCACGAUUCCUGGAUCAGACAUCUGGUACGAGGAUUUCACUUACUGUAAUGGAUGUCAUUCACUCAAGGUCAAAGGUAACUACUGUCCGCUGUGUGGAGAAUGCUACUCAGAUUCUGACUAUGACUCGAAGAUGGUCCAGUGUGGGCGGUGUGAUCACUGGGUACACGCUGCAUGUGAGGGUAUGAGUGACCAGGACUAUGAGAUACUCUCAGAGCUACCGGAGGAUGAUGUUCUCUUCUUGUGUAAACUCUGCUCAACUAAUCGCUCCUGGAAACCAGUCGUUGAUCAGUUCUUUCAAGAAAGCAUUGGGAAAUUGCUGGAGGUGUUUGGGCGUGGGAGGUCAGAGUUCAAACAGUACGCUGACAAAGAGCACUCCAAUCUAAUCAACUUUAAUGCUGGUAUUAUGUCGAGGCUCGCCAACCUCCUGUCGUCGUUGAGUGCCUCUAGUCGUAAACAACUGACCAGCGCUCGUAAUACGUACGAAGAACUGCUGAGUGAGCUAUUUCCAUGGUUCAAAGAAGAGGAGGCUAAGCACAACAGUCGUGAGACCACACCCACUAACCACCCCCUGGAUUGGCCUGCGAUUUUGUGUCAUGACCACUGUUACUGGUCGUCAGGGGCAACCAAAGAGAUGCCUAUGGAUUGUGAGACCACACCCACUGCCACGACCACUACUGACCUGCGACGCUGUGUUCUCUGCACUACACUCGGAGAUACUAACAGUGAAGGCCCUGGACGAUUGUUGCCGUGCAGUGUGGACGAGUGGAUUCAUGUCAACUGUGCAGUGUGGUCAGCUGAAGUGUACGAGGAAGUGACUGGUACACUGCGCUGUGUACAGGCCGCCAUUACAAGGGGCUGUCGACUGAGGUGUGAUUCGUGCCGGGAGGUGGGUGCCACUGUCGGCUGUUGCACAAGUUCCUGCUCUGCAAACUUCCAUUUCCAGUGUGCAAGAGACGCCAAAUGUGCCUUUCUCAACAACAAGGAAGUCUACUGUUCCAAGCACAGAGGGGGUGUGGCCUCCAGUGACGUGUUAUCAGCGAUGGAGUUAGUGGCAGUGGAUCAUUGCAUCUUCAUAGACGCUCAUCCUGAUAGGCCGGGAAGGAAAAUGCCACGGAAAUUGGAGGCAACAAAGAUUGCAGUACAGCUAGGGUCACUGGUUGUGAGUCACAUGGGUGGACUGGUGGAGCUGUCGGACACGGCCACCACACUUCUCCCACACAACUACAUUGCCACGUGUGAGUUCUGGAGUGUGGACGCCCCCUCCACCCCCACACAUUACACACUCACCGUCAGCGCUGCCCAACCAGACGACUGGAUCACUCUCCUUGAAACCACACCCUCAUCUGAUCAGACCAUACCCACUGACGAACACGGCACACUUAAUGUAGAGGUGGGGGGUCUGUCCAAGUCCAUAUGGGAUGACCUUUUCCCAUCCCCCACAAAGAAGGUUAAAGUUCAAAAGGUUGUCGAAUCAGCUGCUCUGAAACCACUCAACGGCGAUAUCAAAUUAGACCUGGCAACGGCUACCAUGGUAACGAAUGGUAUGACCUUUGUACCCAUGUUAAGGGACUCGCAAUUAAUACUCUACCCGGCUCCGUACUUGAAUGGCCUAUCUCCAAAUAAAGAUCACCAUGCCACACCCCUUUAUCCAAACCCGAGAGCUAUUGAAGAUUUCAAAAUUCCGAAACGGAGAAUCGACGACAACCUUAUCACUAUGGCAACCAAUAGAAUGACCGCUACAAGUUUACAGGUAUCCAGCGAAGAUGCUGUAGCUCAUUCUGUGACAUUACGGAGAUUGAAGGCUGGUCUCCAAGGCAACCCGCUCAGUUUGACCUUUAAAGUGACCUCCAGUGAUGGCCACUCUUGGACAAACAGCAAGCUAGAAGAUGUGUGGACGAGCGUUCUAUCAGAGCUUCAAGAACAGCGUGCCAAGUUGGACCUCCCCUACCUCUCCUACCCUCCCUGUAAUGUGUAUCGGCAGUUUGGACUGGACCACCCCCUGGUAGUGCAGCUACUGGAGCAACUCCCUGACGCACCUCGGUGCUCUGAAUAUCAGUUCAGAUACCACACACCGUCCCAUUCCAAACACUGGAGGUCACUGAGAACAUUGGAUAACCCCACCGGCUGUGCAAGGUCCGAACCCUACAAUGGGAUACGCUCCCCACGAGACAUGUUCAGUUUCCUAACCUCGGACCAUCGUCCAGGACCACCCCCUCUUGACCAUAAUACCCUAGAGAUCGUCAUGGCAACAUCGGAGAAUGCAAGCAUCGCCAAACUUCAAUCGACCUCUGACCUCCCUGCGGCCAUGAGAUAUCGUAGUCUACAGAAGACGUAUAAACAGCACGUGGACGUGUUUGGGUCUGGUAUACAUGGCCUAGGGCUAUUCUGUAUCAAGGACAUUGACCCGGGUGACAUGGUUAUCGAGUAUACUGGCACGGUUAUUAGAUCAGUGCUCACUGAUAAGAGGGAGAAGAUCUACGAUAGCAAGGGUAUCGGCUGCUACAUGUUUCGUAUCGACAGUGAUGACGUGGUGGAUGCCACAAUGUCUGGUAACCAAGCACGAUUCAUCAACCACUCCUGCGAGCCCAACUGUUACUCCAAAGUCAUCACUUGUGAUGGAAAUAAGAAGAUCAUGAUAUUCGCUCUCAGAAAGAUAGUGCCGGGGGAGGAGCUCACGUACGACUACAAGUUCCCUCUAGAAGAAGCCAAGAUACCAUGCAACUGUGGGACUAGAAGAUGCCGCAAAACCAUGAACUAAAACUCUCUGUACAUAAUUAUACUAACACUUCACUGUAACUAAAUAUAUAUAACCUUGUUUCUUAUUAUCUCAUCACUCACACUCAACAUUUAUAUUCUGUUCAUUUCUGUAAUAUAAUUGACAUUCUAAAAGUAUAAUUGUUUGAUCCAAUAUCUAAUUUUCAUGACACAUUAUUAAACACA